UUUGGCGAUAGGCUAGCUGUCGAAACGAAAUUACGAGUCACAUUGUUUUACACAACUGUGACAAAUUGUCAAAAGUAACACCAAUAUAUUUCGAUAAGUGUGUUUGAGGAAUGUUGUUUAAAUAGAAGAUUCAUUUGGUUUGGUCAUUUACGUCUUAACUGGCCCAGUAGUUUUGUUUUUGAACGUCGAAGGGUGUGUUUUUCGGCCGUAACAUUGUUAGCGCUAGCGAAGCAAAAAAAGCUAGUCCUCAAACCCACGUAUUUCUGAGAUUUAGUCAAAUAAAAUAAGAGGGAGGCGUUGAUGAGCAACAAUGUCUGGCAUCGCUCUUAGCAGACUGUCCCAGGAGCGCAAAGCCUGGAGAAAAGACCACCCAUUUGGUUUUGUUGCUGUGCCUACUAAGAAUCCUGAUGGGACCAUGAAUCUGAUGAACUGGGAGUGUGCCAUCCCAGGGAAGAAAGGAACCUUGUGGGAGGGAGGACUCUACAAACUCAGAAUGCUGUUCAAAGAUGACUACCCUUCCUCACCACCCAAAUGCAAGUUUGAGCCACCAAUAUUUCACCCAAAUGUGUACCCAUCAGGCACUGUGUGUCUGUCCAUCCUGGAGGAGGACAAAGACUGGAGGCCAGCCAUCACCAUCAAACAGAUCCUGUUGGGCAUCCAGGAGCUGCUGAAUGAGCCCAACAUUCAAGACCCAGCACAAGCAGAGGCUUACACAAUUUAUUGUCAGAACAGGAUGGACUAUGAGAAGCGGGUAAGGGCACAGGCCAAGAAGUUUGCCCCCACAUAGAGAGGAGUGCUGGCCUCUGUCCUGCCAGAGCAGCCUGAACUGAUAGAGGUUACAAACAGGACGCAGGCAGCACCUGAAGGACCACUCCAAUAAGAAUCCAGUUUUGAGUAUUAUUAUACUAUUACGCAGAUGACAAGUGAGCCUGUUUUCUUUCUGUCUUUCUUUCUCUCUUUCUUUUUUCUUUUUUAAACAACAGGAGAUCAUAAUUUUACCUGUCUUCAAGAAAUACUUAUGCAUUUGAAUGCAUAGCUGAUGAUCCUAGAACUCUGCUAUCAUCAUAAAUUUUGCUAUUUGUAACUCUUGUAUUAUCCAUAUCUCCAGUUUUUUCAUGAGUGCCGUUAAGCUCACUCAUACCUCCAUUAAUUCUGUAAGUCAUGCUAAUGUAUGAACAGCGCUGUAGAAAUAAGAUUUCAUGUCGAAACCACUCUCUGUGUAAUGUGGAGUCGGUCGUGGCAGAGGAAGGGUGAAAUAUUGUAGAUAGUGUUUCAUGAAUCACGGGCAUAAAGUGGGACAAAGCAGCCAGAAACACAAUGGAAAUCAAUCCUUUCUUUGUGCGCUUAAUCCCUUCUUUCAUUCCUAUCACGUAUCCGUCUCAUCAGAGUUUCUAAAGAAAGGGGAAAAAAAAAAAUGAUUACCAUUUACCCGUCAAAUUCAAGUCAAAGACAAUCCUAG